CCCCAGUCACGAUUCACAGGUACCUCAACGAGAGAACACGAAUUGACGAGAAGAAUACACAUAUAAUUGAAACUCGUGCAUUCGUCAGAACAUAACCAUGGAUCAUACGAUUGUACCACGUUACAUAAAUGAAUAUCCCUCAUUCAAAAUGUCCACUCCUGCCUGUCCGAUUCAUCUGGUGCUCAAAUGGUCCUACAAGAUGGUGCAUUCCAUGCCGUUGGUUUGUCAGAACUGGCUUUCAGGAUGGCUACCAUUGGUGCUUUCAGAGGAGCUUAUCAUCCUGCCAAACCCGUCGUCCUUGAACCAAUUAUGAACGUUGAGGUUAUCACACCAGCAGAGUUCUUGGUUACGGGAAGAGAGUUAGUGUAGUAGUAGUAGUCGCACUGGCAACGGUCCCUGUCAAGGGAACGGCCAAUGUUUUCUAUGCCGUUGUUGACAAACAGGUCAACAUCGUAGACCGCGAAGAACUCAUGCCGCUGUAAGCAUCGUUGGUUU